AAUCAAAUUUUUAGUCAUUCAAUUUUAGACGUCUUACUGCGUUGAUCACUUGUUAAGUUACUCUUAGCAAAAACCAUACUUCCAUGAAUUUCGAUGCAACUGCACAAACACGAUUUUAUUUUUAUACUGGUAUUAUUUGUGUAAUUAACAAUUCCAUAGCUAUUUAUCUACUGAUCUUCAAAUCAGGAAAUAUUGGAACAUAUCGGUAUUAUAUGCUUUAUUUUCAGAUAAUGUGUAUACUUCUUGAUAUUCAUUUAACUUUACUUGUUGCUCCAAUAACAUAUUUUCCAGCUUUAAUUGCAGUUUCAAAUGGGAUAUAUUCGAAGUGGUUCUCAAUUAGAACCCACUUUCAAAUUAAUAUGAUCCUUAGCUUGAUUGUGCUCCAAAUUUGCUCACUUUUAUGCAGUUUUAUGAGGAAACACCAGAGUGUCGCAAUGAUUGAUCAAAAGCGAAUCAUGGAUCCUGUGAAAAAGUAUUUAAUAAAAGGUUUUCUACACAUUCCACCAAUUCUCGUUUGCGUAUCUUUCGCACUUUCAAAUCUGGACAAAUCCGAAGAAACAAAAAUUGCAAAAGAAAAAUUCCCGUAUUUGCUGCCAUUGCUGAUUUUGCCAAAUGUAGAGAUGUACUCCGAUUCUUCAAUUCCUAUUAUUUUAACUCUAAUCUUCAUGAUAUUCACUUUUGUUUUAUAUUGUUCUUUAAUUCUAUAUUUCUAUUUUCAAAUCUUAUAUAUGUUGCAUGGCCAUAGGAAGUUUAUGGCGGCCAAGACUUAUUCAAAACAUAUAUCCGCAAUGUUCAGCUUGGUGGCACAAUUAUUUGUGUUAAUCGUUUGGCUUGCUAUACCCGUCGGACUUCUUUUAGCUGAUGUAAUUUUACAAGUAACAGGCUUUGAACUUAUCGGAAAUCUUCUCAUCUGCUUAUUUUCAACUCAUUCUAUUGUCAGUACUAUUGUAUUGGUUGCUACUUUUCCUGCAUUUCGGCGAAUUAUUUUUUGUCAAAGAAAGUGA